AUGGCGCUCAAUAGGGUCGACGGGCCCGACGAGCUGUACGUCGGCGGCAUCUUCGCCCUGCGCCGGCCCGCGGCCAUGGAGGAGAAGCGCAUCACGCACAUCCUGUCCAUGAUCCAGUACUCGUUCGUCCAGUGGGCCGACUUCCGCGACCGCUACGUCCACCUGAGCGUCGACAUUGACGACGUCGAGGACGCCGACCUGCUCGUCCACCUCCCCAAGGCGGUGCGCUUCAUCGAGACCGCGCUGCAUCCCGAGAGCGAGAUACCCUAUUCCGAGGACACGGCCGUGCCGGAGCGGAUGAGGCGGUUGGGGCCGCGGCAGGUUUCUGGUGGUAAGGACGAGGGUAAGGACGGGGAUGGCAUAUCGCCGGCUACAGGGCGGCUAGAAGGGUUGCAUAUCACCACGGAGGAGGGGACCACGAGACCGGCGGUGUUUGUGCACUGCGCCAUGGGCAAGUCACGCUCCGUGUCGGCCGUCGUUGCAUAUCUGCUGUGGAAACACCCCCACCGAUACGGCCUGAACCCCAAGAGCCCCAAGCGGCCCGACAAGGAGAGGGCCUGGACGGCCGUCCGUCAGGCGCUCGACUGGGUCCGCAAGACGCGGCCCAUCGCCGAGCCGAACCCGGGCUUCAUGGAGCAGCUGCGCAUGUGGGUGGAGAUGGGCAUGCCUGCGGACAGCGACGACGCGGUCGAGCGCAACGGCACGUAUCAGCGGUGGAUAUGGGAGAGAGAGGUCGAGGAGAGCGCGAGGAUAGGCAAAGCGCCAGAUUGGAUCCGGUUCGAGGACGAGACGGAGGAUGGGAAGACUGAGGAGGAGGAGGAGGCUGCUAAGGAAGAUGGAGGUGUUGAGCUGAGGUGUAAGAAGUGCCGACGGGUGCUGGCGACCAAGCCGUUCAUUAUCCCACAUCAAGAGGACCCCGCCAAGCAGAGGUGUCCGCACUACUUCGUCGAGGCGCUAUCCUGGAUGAAGCCGGCCUUGGAGACGGGUGAGUUGGAUGGACGAUUGGUAUGCCCGAAUGCAAAGUGUGGUGCCUCGGUGGGGAGAUAUGCCUGGCAGGGUUUCAAGUGCAGUUGUGGUGAAUGGGUCUGCCCGGCCAUCUCACUGCAGUCAAGCAAGGUGGAUGAAGUUGCGAUCCGGAAACCCGCUGCUGGUCGCACAGGCCCGGGACAGGAUCCGCGGUCCGCGUUGGGUAUACGUCUCCCUCCUGGUAUGAACGGGCAGAAGCAGAACCUAUGA